AUGCACAUCGAAGGAAAAUCUCCAAAUGGCAUGUUCGGAUUCCACGUACCAACAGUGUGCGGCAAGUUUGUACGCACGACGAAAUGGGAGAAGACCUGGGCGGCGUGCUUUACCAAUUUGCUCAACGAUGUGAUCAAAUAUGACAACGAGACCAACGGUCCUUGGCCAGAGUUCGAUGCUGCCUGCAAGCAGGUGAUCGCUGUCGUUAUUCCAAGACUCCUAGGUGCUCUCCAGUCGGAUGGUCGAAGUAUCGAGCCAGUGUUGAUCCACGGCGAUUUGUGGGAACAGAAUGUUGGCAUCGACAUGGAAACUGGCGACACAAUCCUAGCUUACAACGACAUGUUGUACUUAUGCGAGAAGUACGCACCGUUGGAGGGCCUAGGCACGUACCGUCCAGAGGAUGACGUUAGCGUUACUGGUGCCUAUAUCGAACACGAGACCACGAAGAUGAGCCAUAUGCAUCAUGCUGUGAAGGCUUGA